CAUAAUGACAGUUGCCUGACAGCACCGAUAACGCUGAUGUGCCACGCCAGAAAGUUACAUUGUAUUUGACUUGGUGGUAGACCCAAACGCCGGUCUUUCUGGAUCCUUUUCGACGACUCUAGACUUGCUGGCUGGUUUCGUUUUCGUGGGGACAUUCGUCGUUCCUGUUUGUGCAGUAACUGCUGUAUGCUGUGGCGGUAUACAUUGUGCCUUCACGCUCCACAAUGGUGAACUGAACGGGGGGGGCUGUUCUAGUGUGCCGCUAGAGAAUGCAUUUCGGGAGAAGCAGUAAUAACAACAACGAAAACCGGGAGAUCGGAAAAUACGGGUUUUGAUAGUACACGAUCAGCAUUCUAUUAAAGAGAAGUAGAAGCGUUUUACGUUGGUGGUUGGGCAAAUGAAUAAAACUUUCUGUCACCAAAUCGUAAACGGUAUUCGGAUUCCAUUUAGCCGGCGCCAUCAAAACGGUGCGUCUUCUAGUCAUCAUAGCGACGAAAAGAAACGAGCAAAAGCGACCGGUCACAGAACGCUGUGAAUAUAAACCAAACAUCACAAUUAAUUGAUCUGUACAGUGUGCAGUACGAUUUGUCCCCCAAAAAAAAACGAAUAAAUAGUUGCUGGAAUAUAAAAUGGAUCAAGUAACGAAGCUACGCUUGAAUCUGGAGAAACAGGAAAGCCUCAUAAAGCUGGGCAUCCUGACAACGGCGGCUAUUCUGUCUUUCUCGACGCGUCUUUUCUCCGUCCUCCGGUUCGAGAGUGUCAUUCACGAGUUCGAUCCGUACUUUAACUACCGCACCACGAAGCAUCUUGCAGAGCAAGGGUUUUAUAACUUCCACAACUGGUUCGAUGAUCGAGCGUGGUACCCGUUGGGCCGUAUUAUUGGUGGUACGAUCUAUCCCGGUUUGAUGGUUACAUCCGCCGUCCUGUAUCGUUUGAUGUGGCUGGUAAAUAUUACGGUCGAUAUACGGAAUGUGUGCGUAUUUCUCGCACCAUUCUUUUCCUCCCUUACCACCAUCGUGACGUAUCUGCUGACGAAGGAAAUACACAGCAGCGGUGCAGGACUUGUGGCGGGCGCAAUGAUAUCGAUUGUGCCGGGAUACAUUUCGCGCUCGGUUGCCGGAUCGUACGAUAACGAAGGGAUCGCCAUAUUUUGCAUGCUGCUCACGUACUACACCUGGAUCAAGGCGGUCAAGACGGGUGCCAUCCUGUGGGCGACGUUCGCUGCGUUGGCCUACUUCUACAUGGUAUCGUCCUGGGGUGGUUACGUGUUUCUCAUCAAUCUGAUCCCGCUGCACGUGCUGGCGCUGAUGGCGACGGGUCGUUUUACGCAUCGCGUUUACAUCGCGUACAGUACGCUGUACACGAUCGGCACCAUACUUUCGAUGCAGAUUUCGUUCGUUGGUUUUCAGCCGGUACAAAGCUCGGAGCAUAUGCUUGCGUUCGGUGUGUUCGGUCUCUGCCAGCUGCACGCAUUCGUCGAUUACGUACGGUCGGCCGUGCCGAAGGAACAUUUUGAAACGCUGUUCCAAGCGCUGAUUGUGACGAUAGCAUCGGUUGCCGCCCUGAUCGGGUUGGCACUCACCGUUACUGGGAAAAUUUCCCCCUGGACCGGACGAUUCUACUCACUGCUCGAUCCAUCGUACGCGAAAAAUCACAUCCCCAUCAUUGCAUCCGUGUCGGAGCAUCAGCCAACGUCCUGGUCAUCGUUUUACUUCGAUCUGCAAAUUCUGGUCUUUCUGUUUCCGGCUGGACUGUACUUUUGCUUUUCCAAGCUCUCGGAUGCAAACAUUUUCAUCAUCCUGUACGGUGUGACCAGUAUCUAUUUUGCUGGUGUUAUGGUACGUUUAAUGCUGGUUCUAGCGCCGGUUAUGUGCAUCCUGUCCGGUAUUGCCAUUUCGCAUCUGCUGACCAAAUAUAUCCGGAACAUGGACGUGAGUGGAACGGGUGCCGCUACUGUCGCAGAAAGCAGCAAUCGCAAGACGAAAGCACGUUACGAGCAGCAAUCGUCGGUGAAGAAUGAGGUCGCAAUUGGCUUUGUACUGCUCGUUACGUUUUUGCUCAUCACAUACACGUUCCACUGCACCUGGGUUACGUCGGAAGCGUACAGCUCGCCCAGCAUUGUGCUGAGUGCACGUUCGCAGGACGGUGGGCGGAUCAUUUUUGACGACUUUCGUGAGGCGUACUAUUGGCUGAAGAUGAAUACACCGGAGGAUGCACGCGUUAUGUCUUGGUGGGAUUACGGUUACCAAAUAACAGCAAUGGCUAACCGUACCAUACUGGUGGACAAUAAUACCUGGAACAAUACACACAUUUCACGCGUCGGUCAAGCAAUGGCAUCGACCGAGGAAAAGGCAUACGAAAUAAUGAAAGAGCUGGACGUGGAUUACGUUCUAGUCAUUUUCGGUGGAUUAACUGGUUACUCGUCUGAUGAUAUUAAUAAAUUCCUUUGGAUGGUUCGUAUCGGUGGAAGUACGGAUCGUGGCGCCCACAUCAAGGAAAUGGACUAUUACGCCCCGAGCGGAGACUUUAGAAUCGACAAAGAAGGUUCGCCCGUGUUGCUGAACUGUUUGAUGUACAAAAUGUGCUACUAUCGCUUCGGGCAGGUAUAUACGGAGGGUGGCAAAGCGCCCGGGUACGAUCGGGUCCGGGGUGCCGAGAUUGGCAACAAAGACUUCGAGCUGGAUGUGCUUGAGGAGGCGUACACGACCGAACACUGGCUGGUGCGAAUUUACAAGGUGAAAGAUCUUAGCAAUCGUGGCGUUUAAAAACGGCACACGCUCUAAUUCUUCGCUUUCUUCGAUAUGUUUUGAAAGUUUCACUCUACUAGUUCGGUUUUCAAACAAUAUUAAAUACUUUCCACUACUUCAUUUUUCAUUACACGAGCUUAAACGGAGCAAAACGGAACAAAUUAUAUUUCUUACACACUUUUCUUUGUCAUACCUUUGCAAAUUGGAAUCACAGAAUUGUUCGUGCGAUACAUGCAUUUAUUAUUUUUAUUUCCUACCAGUGGUUUAUACAUCCCAAAGUAAAGCUUAUGUUCACCAUAGUUCGGUUAUUAGAUGCGAUUGAAGAAAAAAAACCUUAUCCCUUUAAGAAAAGAACCAACCUUUGAAGCGCACACAGGUUUAGCAAACCAUCAUAGACGAGUCCUAAAACAAGCAAAAGCAAAUUGACCAUGGCAAAUGGUGAGGAUAAUCUAAGAUUUCUUAGGAUAUCAUUCCACACGAGAGAGAGAGAGAG